AACCCUUUCCUCUUCCUCUUCUUCGAUUCCAUUUCACGAUCUGAUCUACGAUCUGAGCACCGGGACGAGGAAGGUCGGAAAGCUGUCGAUAAACUCGAGCUAAAGACUCGAAACCCUGACACGAUCAAUCAAGUCAAGAAGAAGCUGAUGGAGAAAGGCGUCCAAAGGAUGGAAAGGCACCCUUCCGACGGGACUCAGAUCAGGCGUCCGCCGCCGAAGUCAGGUCACGGCGGGAAGUACACGUGGGAGGGGGCAGCUCGGAUGGAGGAUUACGAGAUGCAGCCGGAUCCGUCGGCGAUGGACGAAGGCGAUCUUAAUUACGAUGAGGAGAAGAUCGGGGGUGGUGGUGGUGAUGACAUGGCGGUGGAGGUUGGGAAAGGUGAGGUUGAGGUGGCGAAGGAGGCGCCGGGAGGUGUGGCUAGGGCGGAGGUUGAUCCUCGCUUGAUCAGUCUUCCUUGAGUUGCUAGGACAAGGGAGAAAGUGUUGGGGCGAAUUUGAGAAGGGAGUGAAACUUUGGGGGUUUGAUUUUUAAUUUGAGUUUGUGACGUUUUAACAUCGUACCUCAAAAUAAACAGAAAAAUAUCUCUCAGAGAUCGCAGAAGAAGAAAACAAAAUCAUGAUCGACCUCGGAGAAGAAGAAUAGAAUAAUCAAUGGCGGAUGCUUCCAAUGGGAGUGAGUAUUUCGACCUCGACGUCGAGACGGGAAGAAAAUCGUUCGCGCGGCCGUUGAAUGCUGAGACAGUGGAGCAGGAUGAAGAAGAUCUGAGAUGGGCUGCGAUCGGACGGUUACUGUCGCAGAGACAAGGGAGCCAUUUAGCGACUCUGCGUCGGUCGCAAACUUCUGGUUACGCAGACGGGAACGUCGUGCAGACGAUUGACGUAAGGAAGCUUGAUCGUUCGGAUCGUGAGAUGGUUGUUCGUUAAGCUCUUGCCACUAGCGAUCAGGAUAAUUACAAGCUUCUCUCUGCUAUCAAGAAACGGCUCAAUAGCGUGUUUUAAACAGUUUGGGAAUGAUGAAGACUAGAAAACACAAGCUAACCAUAUGAGUCAUAUAGCUGACUCACACAAGAAUGGAAGUUGGAACCAUGAAAAAUGAUGGGUUUGAGGACUGUUUUGCUUUCACUCUAAUAUUUUUGUCUUUCAUCAAACAUACUUUUAUAUGUUCUAGGUGUUCUACUUUAUCAUGUACAAAGUUGUUUUGACUUUAUUUGUUCCAGGUUCACUCAUUAAAAUGGAUUUAGUCUUCCUACACAUCUUGG